CGUAGAAGAGAUGUGAUGUCAUUGGUCCUGACGUCACGGAGGGGAGGCAGAUUUCGAUAUAAAGGGAGAGUAUCACCCCUCGAGUCUGUCCGACGAGAACUAACUGGCCACUUUGAAAAGUUGUUGUUAACCGACGACUCUAUCCUAAACACAUACCACAGCAACACGGUGGUAGUUUUUACACCGCUCCAGCUCCGAGAUUAUACUACACAGAUCAAAAUGCAUCAUAGUUGUUGCAUGUGGAUUUUAGUCAUCGCAACCGCGGUAUGGACGGACGCAAUCACAGGGCACGAGGACAAAGUCGGGAUUAAAAGUCAACAGGCGCAGCAACAGCAACAAGCUGACAUGCAGACAAUGGUGGACGGUGGUGGACAUCAUUCGAUCCAGAUGACAUCUCCGGCGGAAAGUUAUUUCAACGACCCACUGGGCCCGUUGGGCUAUUUGGCCAAACGCGCGCACAAGCAAUACGGUUUUGGACUCGGAAAACGUCUUUACCGGCAGUACGAGUUCGGAUUGGGAAAGCGGUCAGCGUCAAAGCAGUACGGAUUCGGUCUGGGUAAACGGGCUGCGCUCAAGCAGUACGAGUUCGGCUUAGGAAAACGGGCAUCGCCGACCUUCUAUAGUUUUGGGCUGGGACGGCGGGCUUCACCACAGUACAGUUUUGGACUCGGAAAAAGAGUGUCGCACCCGUCAUUCUUAAACGUGGACGACCGUGAUUCGGACUACACAUACAACGACUUGUCAGAGGAGAAGAAGAGGACGGCGGACGAUAUGGGUCACGGCCAGCGGUUCGCUUUCGGGCUGGGCAAACGAGGUGCGGGGGCGGAAUGGGACGACGGCGACGGUGACGGCGACGACGCGGCGCCCAUUUGGCACCCGGCCGUCAGGCGGGCUCGUCUCCAGUACGGUUUCGGGCUGGGCAAAAGGGCUGACCGCGACUAUGACGCCACCACCGGUACCGAGUACGCGGAUACGCUGCAGUUGGCUGAUGACGUCGCUGACAUCAACAACUAAAAGAAACAACAAAUUUUCACCCAAAAAAACACACAUACACACACACAAACACACACACAUACACACAAACAAAAACACACACAUACACAUUGAUGCAUACAUACAACAUACAAACAUACAGUGGUAAACGUAUUGUAGGUGGAGAUUAGUGGUGGUUGGGGUGGUUAGCCCCCAAAUACAAUUUUAUGAUGUUACCGUCUGACGAAUAUCGUUGUUUUAUAGAAUAGAAUAUUUGAACUAUCUGCUAUUCACUCAAAAUAAAGUUUUUACCUUUGGCCCCGACUCCUCGACCCAUCUCGUCCUGGAAAUAAAAAUAAUUACCCAUACCUCUACCCAAUAACAAUCCAACACAUUUUUGAUUUUUGUUGUUAAUGAAGUAUUGUUAUAUAAUAUUUGAUCAUUAUCAACUUUCUUUAAAAUAAUGUGUUGUGAGUAUAAUAACGUAGCCAAACGGUAGUAUUAACAAUAAAGGGCAUACAAACAUUUAAAAUAUAGUGGUUCGCGUAUUUGUUUGCCUUUUUAAACAAACAGAUUGUUUAAAAAAAAAAAUUAAGCUCCCCUAGCAUUUGACUAAAUCUCCACCUAUGAAACGUAUAUAUGCAUAUUGUUUGAUAAAAAUCAGUAACUACACGCAGCUCGCAGAAAAAUAUUAUUAAAAAAAUAAAGAAAGAAAUUACGAUAAUAAAGAAAACAGACCGAA